GUUUCCAAUACUCACCAGUGACCGUCUACAUCUAUGGCCAAGGACAAAUCUGAGAAGAAAGAAAAGAAGAGGAAGGAAACAAAGGAAGUGACGGAGACAGUCAUCGAGUCUGAACAAGUCGCAGAGGAUGUCGAGAUGGAAGAUGUCGAAAUCGUAAAGAUUGAGAAGAAAGCAAAAAAGGAGAAGAAGGAGAUUGUCAUCCCUCUCGAAGACCUGUCGCCAAUAGCUCACCCUCUGGCCCAGAAGAAGCUGCUGAAAAAGUUGCACAAGACUAUCAAGAAAGCAUCCAAACAACGGCAAGUUAAGCGGGGUGUCAAGGAGGUCGUGAAGGGUAUUCGAAAAGGAGAAAAAGGACUACUUGUUCUAGCCGCUGAUAUCACGCCCAUUGACAUCAUAUCUCAUUUGCCCGUCCUGAGUGAAGAGGCUGGGGUGCCAUACGUGUUCGUGACGUCGAAGGAGGAACUCGGUCACGCCAGUGCGACGAAACGACCAACAAGUUGUGUCAUGGUCUGUCCGAACUCCAAGAAGAAGACAAAACAAAAGGAUGGCGAGGACAAGGAGGACAAGGAAGAUGACUACAAGGAAUUGUACGAGGAGUGUUGUAGGGAGGUUGGGGAGCUCGACCAGCAGAUUGUGUUUUGACCGGCUGUUUUGCUUUGCUUUUGUUGGUUCUCUAUUUCUGCUAUCUCUGUAUUACCGACGGUUUGCUGAACGUAAUGCUGGUUCGGGUACAC